AUGUCAAUGGAAACAUUUAAAUUUGUACCAAGGGAGGUUUUGUCCUUGAUUCCCAAAUAUGAUGGUACAGAAAACUUACUAAAUUUAUUUAUUGCAAAAAGUGAAUAUGUGAUAAAAGAAUUUAGAGUCGAAGGUAAUGCCGCCCAAAAUUUAUACUUAUUUCAUGCAAUAACUAGUCGCUUAGUGGGUAAAGCGGCAACGCUAUUAAGUGAAAAUCAAAAUAUUACAUCAUGGGAUCAUUUUAAAGAUAUAUUGACUCAACAUUUCGGCGACCCGCGUUCAGAAGAAUCAUCAAAUGUGCCUCCACAGAAUAACUUUAAAUACGGAAUUCCCCCACAGAAUAAUUUAAAAUACGGAAUUCCCCCACAAAAUCACGUUAAGUUUGGAAUGCCCACACAAAAUAACUUUAAAUUCGGGAUACCACCACAGAACAACUUUAAAUUCGGGAUACCACCACAGAAUAACUUUAAAUUUGGAAUGCCCCCGCAAAAUAAUUAUCGGUUUGGAAUUUCGCCUCAAAAUAAUAGUCGAUUCGGUAUACCUCAACAAAACUAUAAAUUUGGUUACCAGCCACAGCAGGGUCCUAGAUUCGGUAUACCACACCAAAAACAGAAUCCACAACCAGGUAACACAGACGUUUCUAUGCGAACCGCGCCGAUAAGACAAAAUAUGAUUAAUGACUCUGAAUAUUAUUACGAACCAUACUAUUACAACGACUAUUGCGAUUACGAUAACUAUGAAUCAAGCGAAACAGCCAUGUGUGAAAAUUUUAAUUUGUUAGAAAAUCAAGAAAAUUCUAAAGACAACGAGGAAAUAGAAUCACAGGAAGUAAAUUUUCAGGAAGAAGCCUCGAAUCAUAUUCCGAAAUAA